UUUUUAUAGCGCUCGCCAUCGCCACUCUCCCCCCAUUCCCACUCGCAACCCACGCUGCCCCACUCUCGCCAACCCCCUCCACGUCCACGAUCUGCCCGCUUUGCAGUGCCCGGGCGCCAUGGACGCCGCCUCCUGCGUGGGCGUGGCCCCGGCCGCGCUGCUGUCCAGGUCCUUCUCCGACGCCGCCGCCAUCGCCCGCGCGCUCCACUUCUCCCUCUGCGACUCCUCGCCGCUCCCCGAGCCGACGACGCAUCAGUACGUUGCUGCCACCGACGUCGACCUUGGCGCGUGCGGCGUUGCCGUGGCCGCGCCCACGCCUGCAGUGUCGAGCGAGAACGCCGUGGUGCUGAAAACCCGGGCGUCGUUGUCGCCGUCGGCUCGGUGCCGGCUUGGGCCGGCGGGUGGCGGGCGCGCGGGGAAGCGGCGGCCGAGGCCGUCGAAGCGGGCGCCCACCACGUACAUCAGCACCGACGCGGCCACGUUCCGCAUCAUGGUGCAGCAGGUGACCGGCGCGCAGGUCGAGCCGCAGGACGACGCCUGCCUCGGCCUCCUCAUGCCACCACCGCCCUUCGACGUCGUCGACCCCGCCGCCUUGCUACCGGCAGACACCGCGGCGUGCGCGGGCGCGGCCCACGUCGCCACUUGCGUCCCCCACCCUCUCCACGCUGCCGCUGCUGCGGCGGCAGCGGUGGCUGCCCCGGAGCAGCCGUGCUUCCCGACGCUGGACUCGUGGAACGUCAUGUACGGCAAGGACGAGGUUGUUUGAAUUACCAAGGUAGGAGUACUACGUACUUGUAACUAAUGAAUGAUGCAUGCCAUCGUGUGCCCUGCCCAUCGAUCGCUUGCUCCCAUCGUCUGUUCGACGUAGAAUUGUAGAGAGAAGCUGUACAUUACUGCACGCAGUGAGCCGUGUGUCCGUGGUGGCAGAGCGCGUCGGAGUGUGCUAGCUUAGCUAGUGUAGCAAAUUAGCAACCAGGUUCCCGGCUCUCCUACCUUUCUUGUGAUGGAUUCCUAUAGUUGCACUUGCAGAUGCGUCUCAAUGUCCCAUUGAUCCAUUUUGCCCUUCAAUCUCUGCUUUUCCGGCCAGACAAUCCGGUCCAUAUUGUUUUGCUCUAUUGUUGCUGAAUCUUGAACAAACAUAUUAUGAGUUGUA